AUGUCGACUGCGCGACGCGACAAGCUGCUAAGCAUUGAGGCAGCGGCACAGGCGCGGUGGGCAGAUGAGAAGCUACACGAACUCGACGCCCCGCGUAGCGGUGAGCAAGCGCCGCCCAAGUAUUUCGUCACCUUCCCGUACCCCUACAUGAACGGCCGUCUCCAUCUUGGCCACGGCUUCUCCCUCACGAAAAGCGAGUUUGCGUCGCGCUUCUGGCGGAUGAAGGGGCGCCGCUCGCUAUGGCCGUUCGGCUUCCACGUGACAGGUACUCCCAUCGCCGUCUGUGCACAAAAAAUACAGAAGGAGAUUCAGAAGUACGGUAACCCGCCACAGUUCCCUGAAGGUGUGGAAGAGAAGGCUCCAGAGGAGAAGAAAGAGGACCCCGCCGUCAUUGGCCAGCACAAGAGUAAGCGCGGCAAGGCUGGUCCAGCGAAGCCACAGUGGAUCAUUAUGCGGAGUAUGAACAUCCCCGAAGAUGAAAUUCCCAAAUUUGUUGAUCCCCAGUACUGGCUGGAUUAUUUCCCUCCCAUUGCAAUGAAUGACCUGAAGCGGUUCGGGUGCCACAUCGACUUCCGCCGUUCCUUCAUCACAACUGACCGCAACCCGUACUANGAUCGUUUUAUCUCGUGGCAAUUCCGCCACCUGCGCAAAUCAAACCUGCUGGGCUUCGGGAAGCGGUACUGUGUAUACUCGCCGUGGGACGGUCAGCCGUGCGCCGACCACGACCGCGCAAGCGGCGAGGGUGCACUCCCGCAGGAAUACACGCUGGUAAAGCUGAAGGUGCAGAAGCCAACAGAGCAGUCGGCACUCGCACCUUUUAGUGAAAUCAUUGGUGAUCGCGCCGUCGUCUUGCCAGGUGCUACGCUGCGCCCAGAGACAGUGUGCGGUCAGACAAACUGCUGGAUUUCUCCUGCUAUUCGUUACAAGGCGUACGGUGUUCAAAACAAGGAUGGUACGGAGAGCAUCUUUAUCAUGACUGCGCGUGCGGCACGAAAUAUGGCUUAUCAGGACUACGUGAUCAACGGCAAGACUGGCACAGAUCCUUCACCCCUGUUUGAGGUGGAUGGGGCGCAGCUUAUUGGUCUGCCGCUCUCUGCCCCGCUCUGUCCCUACGAGACUAUCUACACGCUGCCGAUGCAGACCAUCACAGAGGCUAAGGGUACCGGUGUUGUAAUGUCUGUGCCCUCUGACAGCCCAGAUGACUACAUUAACUACACGCAGCUCGUAAAGAAGCCCGAAUACCGUGCCAAGCUAGGUCUAAAGGAUGAAUGGGUGGCCUUUGAUAUGGUUCCUAUCAUUGAACUCCCAGGAGAGUUGGGACGUGAGGCUGCCAAAUUCAUGUGUGAAAAGCUAAAGAUAAACGGACCACAGGCGACAGACCUGCUAGAUGAGGCCAAGAAGGUUGUUUACCAGGCGGGAUUCUAUCAGGGCGUAAUGAUUGCUGGCCCAUUUUCUGGCGACAAAGUUUCCGUCGCAAAGGUAAAGACGCUUAAGGUUAUGGAGGAGCAAGAUGACGCUAUCCGUUACUAUGAACCUGCACGCCUCGUUGUGAGCCGCUCCGGUGACGAAUGUGUCGUGGCACUCUGCGACCAGUGGUACAUUGAAUACGGGAAGGAGGAGUGGAAGAAUGCUGUGGUGAAGCACUUGGAGAGCAUGAAUAUGUUCUUCCCUGGUGUGCGCAAUGGAUUUGAGGAGACGCUCAACUGGCUCUCAGACUGGCCAUGCAGCCGCACCUUUGGUCUCGGUACAAAACUUCCAUGUGACGAAACCGGAACAAUGUUGAUUGACAGUCUGAGUGACUCAACGAUUUAUAUGGCGUACUACACCAUCGCCCAUUUUGUGCACACAGCGCCGGACGGCACGCACCGCCUAGAGGGAUGUGCCGAGAAUGUUCUUGGUGCCACACCGGAGAUGUUCACCGACGAGACAUUCGAUUACGUGUUCCUUGGCAAGGGCACACCGGAAAGUGUGCAUGCCGUGAACGGCCUCCCCGUUGAGGCUGCGAAACGCAUGCGAGAGGAGUUCACGUACUGGUACCCCGUUGAUCUGCGAUGCUCCGCGAAGGAUCUCAUCCAGAACCAUCUGACUAUGUUCCUCUACACACACGCCGCUAUUUGGCCCGAUGACUCCAGCAAGUGGCCACGGGCCAUUUUUGGUAACGGCCAUAUUCAAGUCGAUAAUGAGAAGAUGUCCAAAUCAAAGGGGAACUUCAUGUCGCUCGCAGAGACCAUUGACCAGUACGGCAGCGAUGCGACACGUCUUGCCUGUGCAGAUGCAGGCGAUAGCCUUGAUGACGCAAACUUUGUGCGUGAAACUGCGGCUGGCUUCGUUCUGAAGCUUACGGCUGCGAUGGAUGGCGCGCAGGAGCUGCUGAGCAAGAAGGACACUCUUCGCUCUGGGGAGUUCAACAUCUUUGACCGGAUCUUUAGGAACUCCGUCAACUCCAUUAUUGUGCGGACGGAGAAGUACUACGAGGAGAUGCAGUUCCGUAACGUGCUCAACCUCGCCUUCCAUGAGAUGACAAACGAGUUUAACCAGUACAAGCUGAAUUGCGACGAUCUGCAGGUCCACCGCGACCUCGCGGAGCGAUUCGUCGAGGUGAUGACGCUGCUGCUGGCGCCGCUGGCACCACACUUUGCAGAGCACAUGUGGUCGGCGGUGCUCGGCCACGAUACCUCUGUCGUGUGUGCGCCGUUCCCGACACCGACGGGCCCCGUCGAAUACGCCACACUCGUCGCGAGUCGCGUCAUGACGGACGCCGUCAAGGAGAUACGAACGCAGGUGAUGAAAAACCAGAAGAAGCGUGGGCCCAUUGACGAGGUGUGCGUCUACACUGCCGCGACCUUCUCAGAGUGGCAGCGCAAGGCCCUGCAACUGCUGCGUGAGCUCUACGAGGCAAACGGCAAGUCGUUCCCCGCGGACUUCUCAAAGGCAGUGAUGGCACGCAAGCAGGACUGGAUGACGAAGGACAUCCUCCCCGACACAAUGGCGUUCCUCUCCUUCACGAAGGCAAAUGUGGAGCGCUACGGCGAGGAGGCACUCGCCGAGACGCCCGCAAUUAACGAUGCGGAGGUGCUGAAGAGCGUUCAGUCGAAUAUCUGCAAGCUGUCGGGCGUGGCAACGCUACACAUUCUCGCACACGACGACGAGACAUUCACGGAGCACCAGGCGGCGCGCCGCAAGUGCCGCCCCGGCGAGGCAACAGUAGCCAUCCCAGCCAAGAAGAAGUAA